AUGCAAGACUCAUUUGUUAUCGGACUCGACUAUGGCAGUGAUUCCGCACGUGCCGUUCUUAUUCGGGUUCGCGAUGGGAAAGAGUGUGCAGUAGCUGUUGAACCGUACCCCCGUUGGAGCAGACAAGAGUUCUGCGAUGCAUCCAGUAAUCGUUACCGUCAGCAUCCUCUAGAUUACAUGGAGGUACUUGAAUCCAUUGUACGGCGAGUUCUGUCACAAUUCUCGCCAGACGUGAGAGAUAACGUUGUGGGAUUGGGAUUCGAUACCACAGGCAGCACACCUGGUUUUGUAGAUGAAAAAGGUACUCCACUGGCACUAAAAGAAGAAUUUGCAGAUAAUCCAAACGCUAUGUUUAUUCUUUGGAAAGAUCAUACUUCAGUAAGAGAGGCGGCAGAAAUUACUAACUUGUGUAAAAAGUCUAAAGUUGAUUAUACUGCUUAUUCGGGUGGUACAUACUCUUCAGAAUGGUUUUGGUCUAAAGCUCUUCAUGUUCUAAGACAAGAUGAAACUAUUCGUGCGGGUGCCUAUGCGAUGCUUGAGCUAUGUGAGUGGCUUCCUGCCCUUGUGACAGGAGCGACUAGUUAUUCUCACAUACCACGAAGUCAAUGCGCAUGCGGUCACAAGGCAAUGUGGAAUGAAAAAUGGGGUGGAUUUCCGCCUGCAGAGUUUUUUUCUCAGUUAAAUCCAGCAUUGGGGGCCAUGCGCUCUAGAAUGACAUCUCUUCCACAGACAGCUGAAAAACCCGUUGGUACAUUAUCCCCCGAAUGGGCUCAACGUCUGGGGCUUAAAGAAUCUGUCGUUGUUGCAGGAGGGGCUAUAGAUUGUCAUAUGGGCGCAGUAGGUGCUGGUAUUCAAAAAUACACAUUUGUUCGUGUUAUGGGAACUUCUACUUGUGAUGUUAUGAUCUCUUCUCAUGAAGAUAUUGGUAACAGUCAAAUUAAAGGGAUAUGUGGGCAGGUGGAAGGAUCAGUAAUUCCAGGUAUGAUUGGACUUGAGGCAGGUCAAGCAGCAUACGGAGAUGUUUAUGCGUGGUUUGCAUCUUUACUUUCGUUUCCACUUAAAGUGGUAAUUCAAAACUCUACAGCAAUUAAUGAUGAAACCAAAAGAAAACUUUUGGAGAUAUAUCGACAUAAUAUCUUUGCCGAAUUGUCUUCCAAAGCUGAAAAAAUUGAACCUGCACAUGGAAAUGUUAUUGCUGUAGACUGGUUAAAUGGAAGGCGAACUCCUGAUGCUAAUUUAUUUCUGAAAGGAAGCAUUGCAGGUCUUACUCUGGCUACUGAUGCACCUAGUAUUUAUCGUGCUUUGGUUGAAGCUACAGCGUAUGGAUCAAAGGCCAUUGUUGAGCGAUUUCAAAGGGAAGGUGUGCGUAUUGACCGCGUUAUUGCUGUAGGAGGUAUUGCAAAAAAAUCUCCAUUGGCAAUACAGACAUUAAGUGAUGUUCUCAAUGUACCUAUAAGUGUUUGUCGUACGGAUCAAGGUUGUGCCCUGGGUGCGGGUAUAUUUGCGGCUACUGCUGCUGGACUGUACAGUAGUGUUGAGUUGGCUCAGAAAAGUAUGACUAGUGGAUUUGCUAGAGAGUACAAACCCUCUCAGGAAAGAGCUGCUGUUUAUAAUGAGCUUUAUAAAUACUACCAAGAGCUUUGUUCUGCGACUCAAACGGAAUCCUUUUCUCAUCUUUAA